CUACUCCAUCUUCCCUUUCUUCCUAUCCCUUGGAAUUUCCUUUCCUUCCCACUCCACUCUACCACUGCUGCUUCAUCGCGUUGAAGCUAGCUUCCGUUGCUGGUCUCUUUGAAUGUGUUGCGGCCUCGCCCACCUCGCAUAGAGAGCUUCCAUCAUGAUCUCCACAAGGCUUGCGCGCAUGGGUGCGCUGGCCCCUAAGUCCCGCCUUAUGCUCGGGGCUCGGGGCUUUGCCACCGUCGGCGACUCUCCCCUCGACAAGAAGGUCGAGAUGACCAAUGCCGAAAAGGGCAACUACAUCAACUACAAGAAGAUGUCUGAGAACCUCGACAUCGUUCGUCGUCGUCUGAGCCGUCCUCUCACAUACGCCGAGAAGGUUCUGUACUCUCACCUUGACGACCCGCACGGUCAGGAGCUUGAGCGUGGUACUUCCUACCUCAAGCUGCGCCCCGACCGUGUUGCCUGCCAGGAUGCCACUGCCCAGAUGGCCAUCCUGCAGUUCAUGUCCGCUGGCAUGCCCUCCGUUGCCACCCCCACCACUGUCCACUGUGACCACUUGAUUGAGGCCCAGGUUGGUGGUGACAAGGAUCUUGCUCGUGCCAACGAGAUUAACAAGGAGGUCUACGACUUCCUUUCCUCCUCUACCGGAAAGUACAACAUUGGUUUCUGGAAGCCCGGUUCCGGUAUCAUUCACCAGAUCGUUCUGGAGAACUACGCUUUCCCCGGUGGUCUGAUGAUCGGUACUGACUCUCACACUCCCAACGCUGGUGGUCUUGCUAUGGCUGCCAUCGGUGUCGGUGGUGCUGAUGCCGUCGAUGUUAUGGCUGGUCUGCCGUGGGAGCUGAAGGCCCCCAAGGUCAUCGGUGUUAAGCUCACCGGUGAGAUGUCCGGAUGGACUACUCCCAAGGACAUCAUCCUCAAGGUCGCUGGUCUCCUUACCGUCAAGGGUGGUACUGGUGCCAUCAUUGAGUACCACGGACCCGGUGUCAACUCCCUCUCCUGCACUGGUAUGGGUACCAUCUGUAACAUGGGUGCUGAAAUCGGUGCCACCACCUCCAUGUUCCCCUUCAACGACCGCAUGUACGACUACCUGAAGGCCACCAAGCGUCAGCACAUUGGUAACUUCUCCCGGGAAUACGCCAAGGAGCUCCGCGAGGACGAGGGUGCUGAGUACGACCAGCUGAUCGAGAUCAACCUGUCUGAGCUCGAGCCCCACAUCAACGGUCCCUUCACUCCCGAUCUUGCUACCCCCAUCUCCAAGUUCAAGGAGGCCGUUAAGGCCAACAACUGGCCCGAGGAUCUCAAGGUCGGUCUCAUCGGCUCUUGCACCAACUCCUCCUACGAGGACAUGUCCCGUGCUGCCUCCAUCGCCCGUGACGCCCUCGACCACGGUAUCAAGUCCAAGUCUCUCUUCACCGUCACCCCCGGUUCCGAGCAGAUUCGUGCUACCAUCGAGCGUGACGGUCAGCUGCAGACUCUCGAAGAGUUCGGUGGUGUCAUCCUUGCCAACGCCUGCGGUCCUUGCAUUGGACAGUGGGACCGUAAGGACGUCAAGAAGGGCGAGGCCAACUCCAUCAUCUCCUCCUACAACCGUAACUUCACUGGCCGUAACGAUGCCAACCCUGCCACCCACGCUUUCGUUGCCUCCCCCGACCUCACUGUCGCCAUGUGCAUUGCGGGUACUCUGAACUUCAACCCCCUCACCGACACCCUCAAGGACAAGGACGGCAAGGAGUUCAAGCUCAAGGCCCCCACUGGUGAUGGUCUCCCCUCCCAGGGAUACGACGCCGGCCGUGACACCUACCAGGCUCCUCCUAAGGACCGCGAGUCCAUCUCUGUCGCCGUCUCUCCUACCAGUGACCGUCUCCAGCUCCUUGCUGGCUUCGAGAAGUGGAACGGAAAGGACGCCACCGGCAUCCCCAUCCUGAUCAAGUGCCAGGGCAAGACCACCACCGACCACAUCUCUAUGGCUGGCCCAUGGUUGAAGUACCGUGGUCACCUUGACAACAUCUCCAACAACAUGCUGAUCGGUGCCACCAACGCCGAGAACGGUGAGGCCAACAAGGUCAAGAACUACUUCACCGGUGAAUACGAUGCCGUCCCCGCCACUGCCCGUGACUACAAGGCCCGUGGCGUCAAGUGGGUUGUCGUCGGUGACUGGAACUACGGUGAGGGUAGCUCUCGUGAGCACGCCGCCCUGGAGCCCAGACACCUUGGCGGUCUUGCCAUCAUCACCCGCAGUUUCGCCCGUAUCCACGAGACCAACCUGAAGAAGCAGGGUAUGCUUCCCCUGACCUUCGCCGACCCCGCCGACUACGACAAGAUCAAGCCCGAGGACACCGUUGACCUUCUGUGCACUGAGCUCGAGGUUGGCAAGCCCAUGACUCUCCGUGUCCACCCCAAGGACGGUUCCUCCACCUUCGACAUCAAGCUCGUCCACACCUUCAACGAGUCCCAGAUCGAGUGGUUCCACGACGGUUCCGCCCUCAACACCAUGGCCCGCAAGGGUAACUAAAUCAACCGCGACUUGGCACACAAGACAUAGGCCUUGGUCGUGACAAGCGAGGGCUCGUCUGUAAAUUAUGAUCGCUGUGUUUCUUAACUGCCGCGAAGAGACGUGAUACCUAACCGAUCUGCCUGCGGGGCGAGGAUAUCAAUCCCUCGCUCCCUGGCAGUGUUCUUGGAUGUUCGAAGGCAGCAUUGGGGAUAGCGGCUGCACUUGGAGCGUCUAUGAUGGGAAAAUCCGGAGUCGUGUUCCGAAAAUUUUAACGAAUUGUUUCUGUUGCCGCCUGGGCCUGUUUUCUUUUGUACACCCUGUGAUUUCCGGUGGACUACAUGGAUAUAUCUUUUUUCGCUUUAUAUCAUACACUGUAUGUUAGGGAUCGCAUGCAUACCACAUUUCCUUCUGUUCCAA